AUUGCAUCUACGCUGUCAGGUUGGAUCCAUCCUUUGUCUCGUGGCGAGACGUAUAUAGGUGCAAGGAAGGAGACGACGGGUUUUAUCUGGGCUCUCUCACCCGUCUUACUGGAUCUUCGCUCUAGCUCUGCCACAUCUGUCCUCCGUCUUAGCAGUAACAGGCUCCUGGGGGCAUUUUGAGUUGCAAUCAUCAUGUUUUGUCUUAGAAGUUGGCUACCCCUGCUCUUCAUACCCACAAACGCCUCUCCGCUGUUCAUUAUUUCCUUUGUCACUCUCACUUAUUUCCUUCAUCGACCAUGCAUCUACUGCUCGGCCCUCCUUUUGAUCCUCUUUCUCUCAUCCUGCAACUGGUCCGAUCGUUGUUUCUUUGAUUUCCGCGGUGACUGGUUGUCCCCGCGGUUCAGCCCGGAUUCCUUGGCUACUAUCCCGACGAAUUCGUCACAUGUCAGCUUGAAUCAUGCAUUCGGUAAUGAAACACUGGCUGGAUAUGUUUUAGAGACGGUGAAUACGACGACAAAAGCUCUUGCGGGUGCGGCAGUUGGAGAGGCACAACAGAAACUCGCACUGAACGGGUCAGCAUUACGGCAGGAAUUGACCGGUUUCGGCGUUGGGUGGCUACGAAGCUUGCUGGGCCGGCAGGAAUGGACUUUACCUUGUGUCGACGUGAAGGUGCGGCUGUAAGAUAUAGAGUUUGGUUGACGGACGCAUCCAUCGGUCAGGGGAUGGACGUUUUUGCUGAUUUUACUGGCAUUGGGAUGUCUCUGGUUACUGCUAUUUUCUAGUACACACUUUGCGAAGCUGGUCUUGUACAUAUUAUAUAUUAUAUAGGCGUUUUAUAUAGAUCAUCGUGUCA